AUUUUCAGUACGGCAUAUGCUAUGAUAUCGAUCUAUUCAGUUUAUUAGGAUUGCAAUGCACUAAAUCAAAAGGCGAGCAGUAAUUGUUCCCGCGUAACUAAACGUGAAGAUAAACCCGAGUGGAGUGAAGUAACUUUCGCACUUUGAGUAUAAUUGAUAAUCCGUGACAGUGUGCAAAUCUAGUAAAAAUGAUUCAAUUAGUGCUAAUUGCCGUUCGGAGAAAGAGACAGUACUUAGCUGCACUAGUAGCAAAUCUCGCCAUUGCUUGCAUGGGGGCCAGCAUGGCGUGGACGUCACCGGUCGAACCGAAACUGAAGACCGCAGGAGAAUCUCCCCUUCCCAGCGUACCGACAGCGACCGAACUAUCAUGGAUAGGUUCCAUCCUGACGCUCGGUUCUCUGGCAGGUCCUGCAUUCGCCGGAAUAGUUGCGCAUCGUUUUGGCCGGAAAAUUGCCAUGUUGGCUAGUGCGGCUUUUUUCAUGACAUCGUAUGUCCUGUUUCUCACAGCGGCAAGUGUAGCACAAAUUCUGGUUGGUCGAUUUGUGCAAGGCUGUGGAAUUGGUUUCGCUAUCACUAUUACACCGCUGUAUGUUGCUGAAAUUGCGACUGCUAAUCGUCGAGGAGCUCUAGGGUCGUUGGUUCAAACUUUCAUGACUCUCGGGAUUCUGUUCGAUUACGCGAUCGGGCCGUACGUAAGUUAUGCCGCUUUUCAGUGGAUUCAAAUGACUCUUCCGAUUGUUUUCAUUAUCGGGUUUAUACAAAUGCCGGAGACUCCACAUUUUUUUGUUUCAAAAGGAAACUAUCCAGCCGCAGCUCAGUCAUUAGCAUACAUCCGAGGUGAACCAGUCUCAGAACUACAGCAUGAAUUCAGCCUGAUUCAACACUCGGUGGAGGAAUCUUUACGCAACCGUGGAACACUACGCGAUCUAUAUCGUAGUCAUGCAAACUUCCGAGCAUUGACCAUAUGCACAGGGAUUGUAAUUUUCCAGCAGCUUUCAGGUAUCAAUCCCGUACAAUUCUUUGCACAGACAAUUUUCGACAAAACUGGAACAGGUUUACCAGCAGAUUUAUCCGCCAUUAUACUUGGAAUAUUUCAAGUAGUUGCCAGUGUCAUUACUGCACUUAUCGUAGAUAAAGUAGGCCGAAGACCUACACUUUUAGUGUCUGCGAUUGGCAUGUGCUGUGCACUCUCCGCUCUUGGCGCCUAUUUCUAUCUCGAUGAUAUUGGAUCCAAGUCAGUAGAAAGCAUAUCAUUUUUGCCGGUGCUAUCGCUGGUGGUAUUUGUCGUUAUGUUCUGUACCGGUUUCGGACCCAUAUCCUGGGUGCUAUUAGGUGAAAUGUUCGCCCCCAGCAUCAAGUCCUUGGCUUCGCCGAUCGUGUCGUCGAUAUGCUGGCUCACCUCAUUUUUCAUUUUAUUCUAUUUCACCGCUCUGGACGAAGCCGUCGGGUCUCAUUGGUUGUUUUGGAUAUUUGCGAUCUGCUGCGCGGCAGCUUUUGUGUUUGCAUACUUCUUUGUGAUAGAAACCAAGGGAUUGAGCUUGCCGGAUAUUCAGGCUAGACUAAAUGAAAGUGCACCUGUUGUGGUCAAUAAAAGCUACGCGUAA